CUAGAUCCUCUUUUGUAUUCCUGUAAAAUAUUUUCCAUACUAUGGAAAAUAAAGCAGUAGGACAAUAGCUAGAAAAGGGACUGUAUGGUGUCUAGAUAGUGUGAAUACUCCAUAGUGAGUGUGUGUGUGUUUUAUGUGUAUAUGGAAGAGAUUGCUUAUUCUUUAUCAUCCACAAGGUUUCAGGAAUAAAUACAUCAUCUCCUCCCCUCUGCUUUCCUGGGGGCAUAAAGACAUUCAGUCCACAGAGGUGCCGUUGGUAGAGGUAUGAUAACCUAUUAACUGAUUGAACAGCUGGUACCUGGGGUGUAGCUGGCAAACAGAAGAUACCCUUUGCUGAUGCUUGGUGUUUAAAGUAUAAAAAUGACAACAGAAAAAACUGUACUUGCUGAGGCAGAAAGUCCUCCCCAGGAGCAGAAGCAGCAAGGGAAGGAGCAAGAAGAAGGGGCAUGCAAAAGUGUCUCAGAGGAAAUUGGCACAGGGGAUAAACAGGAGACCGUAGAAACUCAUGGUUGUCCUUCCACAGCUUCACCCAGCACCCGCAAAAAUAAAGACCGGAAUUCUGAAGGCAAGGGUUUGUCAAGACUUUUCUCCUCCUUUCUUAAACGGCCAAAAUCUCAAGUGAAUGAGGAAGACAAAGACGUUCAGUCAUCUACAGAAAAAGGAGACGCAGACCAAAAGGCAUUGGAUGAAGGUUUGGGAGGGCAGUUGGAUGAUGAAGUAUUUCUGAAGGCUCCUAUUGCAGAUCCAGAACCUGAACUGCGAACUGACCCGUCUCUUGACCUACAUUCUCUGAGCAGUGCAGAAACCCAGCCUGCACAGGAGGAUAGAAAAGACGAUCCAGAAGACCCCGAAGUAAAUCCAGAGGACGAAGAGGACACUGUUGAAGUUAACUCAGAACAAAAGCUUACAAAAACUGAAGAAGCAAAGAGUCCUCAGAAAGUGGUUAGGAGGUCAGCCAACAUGCGUUGCAAAGUUUCACUUCUUGAUGAUACAGUGUAUGAAUGUGAAUUGGAGAAACAUGCAAAGGGACAGGAUCUUUUUAAGAGAGUGUGUAGUCACUUGAAUAUUCUUGAAGAGGAUUAUUUUGGCCUUGCCAUAUGGGAGUCCCCUUCUAACAAGACCUGGAUCGACUUUGUGAAGGACAUCAGGAAACAAGCACAUGGAGCUCCAUUGGAUUUCACCUUUAAUGUAAAAUUUUAUCCACCUGACCCUGCACAACUUACAGAAGAUAUAACAAGAUAUUACCUGUGCCUCCAGCUGCGUAAGGACAUCCUCAGUGGUCGCCUACCAUGCUCCUUUGCUACUCUUGCCCUUUUGGGUUCAUACACUGUCCAGUCAGAAGUGGGAGAUUAUGAUGAAGAUCUUCAUGGCACAGAUUAUGUCAGUGAGUUUAAACUGAGUCCCAAUCAGACCAAGGAUCUUGAGGCCAAAGUUGCAGAACUACAUAAGUCCUACAGAUCAAUGACACCAGCCCAAGCUGACUUGGAGUUUCUAGAAAAUGCCAAAAAGUUGACAAUGUAUGGUGUGGAUAUUCACCAAGCCAAGGACUUGGAGGGAGUUGACAUAAAACUUGGAGUCUGUUCUGGUGGACUUAUGGUCUUCAAGGACAACCUAAGAAUCAAUCGUUUCCCGUGGCCAAAGGUUUUGAAGAUCUCCUAUAAAAGAAGCAGCUUUUUUAUUAAGAUUCGUCCUGGAGAGCAGGAGCAGUACGAAAGUACGAUCGGAUUUAAGUUGCCAAGUUACAGAGCAGCAAAAAAACUUUGGAAGGUCUGUGUUGAACAUCAUACCUUUUUCAGGUUAACAUCUACAGAGACCAUUCCUAAACAUAGGCUCUUGUCACUGGGAUCCAAAUUUCGUUACAGUGGGCGCACACAGACCCAGACAAGGCAUGCCAGUGCUCUCAUUGAUCGCCCUGCUCCUCAGUUUGAGCGAACUGCCAGCAAAAGAGCCACACGCAGCCUAGAUGGCGUUAAAAAAGGGCACCUCUCCUCCUUUAAAUUUAUUGCCCCGGAAGAGGAUAAUGAUGUUGAAGUGAUUGAGUUAAAGGUACCAAUUCAUACUGUACCAGCAACUGUGCAGCACAAAGAGGAGAUCGAAAUGAAAAACCUUGACAAAGCUAGUCUCAAGAAGCUGGAGGAGAUAAAGGUGGUCAAGCAGACCCACACAGUACAUGUAAAGACUGAGCAGCAAGCUGCAGUGGCAACCCCUGAACGCAAUCCCCGUCCUGUCUCUGCUCCUGUCAUCACUCAGAGUCAAGUUGUUGUACAGCCUACACCAUCCAGAGAGUCUUCAGCCCGUAGAGUAGAGGAAUCCUUGCCUAGAAAUGAGACUAAGAAAUCACAAGACCAAGUCAAGGAGCCAAAGAGUUCCCCUAAGGAGUCAAAAACUCAACCACAGACUAAUUCCUCUCCCACUGUCAAUGGAGAUCAAGUGCAGCAACCAGCUGAGAAAGAGGAAGAGAUCAUUCGCAUGAGGAAGAAAAAAGCAAAGAAACUAGAGGGUGAAAACAUAUAUAUCAGACAUAGCAAUUUAAUGUUGGAGGACUUAGAGAAGACUCAAGAUGAAAUAAUUCGCCACCAUGCCAGUAUUCGUGAGUUGAAGAAAAGUUUCAUGGAGUCUGUUCCUGCACCACGGCCUAGUGAGUGGGAUAAACGCCUUUCUACCCACUCGCCUUUCCGUACUCUCAGUUUCAAUGGACAGAUCCAAACAGGCAAUGAUGGGCCACCAUUGGUGAAAACUCAGACCGUAACCAUCUCCAAUGCUUCAAGCAGUGAGAAGGGACAGAUCCCCACCAAAGAAGUACCAUUAGUACACACAGAAACUAAGACUAUCACCUAUGAAGCAGCAAAAAAUGAUGAUGUUAACAAUGAUCAAGAACCUGGCAUCCUUCUUACUGCACACACCAUUACUUCUGAAACAACCAGCAGCACCACAACAACCCAGAUAACUAAGACAGUGAAAGGAGGCAUCUCAGAAACACGAAUAGAGAAGAGGAUAGUUAUUACAGGUGAUGGAGACUUGGAUCACGAUCAGGUUCUGGUGCAAGCUAUCAAGGAGGCAAAAGAGCAACAUCCAGACAUGUCAGUGACCAAGGUGGUGGUUCAUCAGGAGACAGAAAUCGCAGAGGAGUAAAUACAAAAGGUCUUAAUUGCAAGCCUUUAAUUGGGACCAUGGACAAAGAUUUUUUCACAGAAAACCAACAAGUUUUCAAACGUUGCCACUGCCCUUGGACUUUCUCUUCUUUACCCUGGCAAAGAACAUUUCUGACACUAGUUAUAAUCACCCCUUUAACAGAACAACCAGUUUUAUACACACAAGUUUGUUUUUUUAUUGGAAUAAAUAUUACAUGAAUUGGAGGGACCUCCUCACAUCUGGAAAGUUCAGAAACUAAUAUUUAAGAUUCAUCUGGAAGUUGUAUACUGUGAAUUUUGAAUGUGACAUUAAACACACUGGAAAUGUAGCUUUAGAGACUGCUAAUGAAGUUGGGGUGGCUGAGGCAUUGACAGAAAUGUUAUCUGUAGGACACACAGGUGCUAUAGCUUGCAGUACAAGUAUUGGAUUUUAAAAUACCGUACUUUAGGUGUACACGACUGGUAUAGAGGAGUAAUUGUGUUUAUCAUCUUUUUUUUUAUUCUUGAACGUGAUAUACCAUUAAGUUAACACUCUGUGUUGGUGGCAAAUCAUGUGAAUCACCAUAGUUCGGAUUUAGUGUGUCACCUGUAUUACUGCUUCCUAACAAUAUAGAUCCAUCACCUUGCAUCUGUCACUUUACGGGUCUAUCACUUUCCAUCUGUCACCGUAUCAGUUUUUGUCAGAGAUUUCAACUAUAAGCAUACUCCAACAGUAUCUUGGACAUAUCCCACAUAUUUCUCUGUUUGCAUUUUAAAACAAUGGGAUUCAUUUAUGUCUCAAAACCAUCUUGAUCCUGAUUUACAUGGUAAGGAGCUUACAGGGGUGAGGGUCAUUAUAAUAAAACAAAUGUGUGUGCGAAAUUAGCUUUUUUUUUUUUUUAAACAUUUUCGUGUAUAUAUAUAUAUAUAUAUAUAUAUAUAUAUAUAUAUAUAUAUAUAUACAUACACACACACACACACACACACACAGAGUAAUUGAAUCUUAUUCAGAGGAAUUUACAAGUUAAGCAACUCAUGAUGUAUUAUUUUCUACUUUUAAAUAAUGAAGGAUAUUUGUAAAUGUGGUUUAAUUCAAUUUUUAUAUAUAAAAAAAAGUUGUGAUAGGUCGUAUUUUAGCACAUUUUAUUGGCUUUUGAGGUGUGACAAGUAAAAGUUCUCAUCAUAUUGUUGCAGGAUUGCACAUUGAAGUAAAUAUUUGUAGCUU